CUGUCUGUGGGGCAGACUGUUCAUUUAAAGGGUACAUUUUAACAAUGCCUUGCUUUGCUUGGUAAAAGCAAAUGCUGUUACAUACAUCUUUUAAAACCACCUAAUCCGUGUUCUUCCUGAAAGUAAUAAUUUGGCCUGAUUUGUUGGAAUCUGUCCAGCCCAAUGGUCCCGAUGGCAAGUGGGGUUGCUGUGGUCCUGGAGAGUUUACAGUUGUUCACUCUGUAGCCUGGGGAGAGCGAUGCUCUGGUUCUUGUUGUUUGUUUCAUUUGAAUGGCUAAAGCCAUUUGCUGAGAAGCACAAAGAGUCAUUCAUUUUUGAUUAGUUGAUUGAUGACACUGCAUGUGUGCACCAUUGUUGCAGAGCAUGGGGGGUUUCUCUAGCCAACCAUUCCCAUUUGCAAUUGCAACCCAAUACCUGGGCUUUGAAGGGAAUGAAUAUUAUAACUGCCUAUUGACUGAGGAGGAAAAGAACAUUUUCCUUUAGAAAAAAAUAAAGUUUUUGCUCUCUCUACAUUCUGAUAAAAAGGGGCAAGCCUGUGAAAUGGUCUGAUUCUGCCAGUCCAGUGCAAUUCACACAUUCUUGAAUCUGAACAAUAAAAUACUGUAGAUAAUAUAUUACUUCACAACAUGAUAAAUAAUUUCUGCUGGCUGUGUUUUAGGAUAUUUGCAAGGACAGUGCUUGGGAAUGUUUUUGAUCAGUGCAAACUCAGAAAUGAAUCAGUUUGCUGUCUGUGUUCAGCAGGCAAGUUUCUUUGAGGGGGGGAGCAAAGGGGCAUAGGGGUAUGCUAAUCCAGAUGAAAAUCCCACGCAGAAAAAAAAAGUAAAUGUGAGCUACUGAAACAGGCUGUACUUCCAAUUGCUGUCAAGUCCUUCAGAGUGACCUGUGGCUAAACACCCAAAUGUUUAUUGUCUCAGACAGAAAAAUGAAAACCUACCCAGCCAUUGGUUUCUUCGUCCUCUUCGUCAUCAGCUAUGGCUCUUCUGAAAACUCCAGCACGCCGAGAGGGUGCGGACUGGAUCUCCUGCCCCAGUAUGUGUACCUCUGUGACCUGGAUGCCAUCUGGGGAAUAGUUGUGGAGGCGGUUGCGGGAGCAGGUGUGCUGACAACGUUACUGCUGAUGCUGAUUUUGCUGGUGAGGCUGCCCUUCAUCAAGGAAAAAGAGAAGAAGAGCCCCCUGGGGAUGCACUUCCUCUUUCUGUUUGGGACACUCGGACUAUUUGGACUGACAUUUGCUUUCAUCAUUCAGGAAGAUGAAAUGGUGUGCUCUACCCGAAGAUUUCUGUGGGGAGUUAUCUUUGCUUUGUGCUUCUCGUGCUUGCUAGCUCAGGCUUGGAGACUUCGCAGACUAGUUCGGCAUGGGAAGAGUCCAUCUGGCUGGCAUCUGGCUGGUGUGGCCAUCUGCCUGAUGCUUGUUCAGGUCAUCAUUGCAACGGAGUGGUUAAUACUGACAGUUGUCAGAGAUAACAAGAUGUCUUGCAGCUACGAACCAAUGGAUUUUGCUAUGGCUUUGAUUUAUGUUAUGUUCCUGAUGGUAUUUGCCAUGGGGUUUUCUCUUUUCACUCUCUGUGGAAAGUUUAAGAAGUGGAAGAAAAAUGGAGUAUGCCUGAUUAUAACGCUGUUUUUUUCCAUUCUGAUUUGGGUAGCCUGGAUGACUAUGUACCUCUUUGGUAAUGCUGAACUAAAGAAAAGAGACCAAUGGAGUGAUCCCACUCUUGCUAUUGCACUGGUGUCCAGUGGUUGGGUGUUUGUUAUUUUUCAUGCUAUCCCAGAGGUCCACUGUACCAUCCUUCCAUCACAGCAGGAGAACACUCCCAAUUAUUUUGACACUUCACAGCCAAGGAUGCGUGAAACUGCUUUUGAGGAAGAUAUACAGCUUCCUCGGAGCUACAUGGAAAACAAAGCCUUUUCUAUGGAUGAACAUAAUGCAGCGCUAAGGACGGCAGGAUUUCGCAACGGCAGUUUGGGAAGCCGACCUAGUGCUCCUUUUAGAAGCAAUGUUUAUCAGCCAACUGAGAUGGCAGUUGUGCUAAAUGGUGGGACUAUACCAACAGCUCCGCCAAGUUACACUGGACGACACCUCUGGUGAAAGGCUGUAGGCAGUAGAGAAUAAGAAUCCUUGUUGCAGAUUUAUUCCCUGGCAGUGUGUCUUUGAGGGAGGAAUUGAUACCAGUACCAGAACAAAGCAACAGAACAUCCAGGAGCUUGCGAAAUCCCACAGAGGAUUUUGUGUAAAUGUGAACACCGCGGAAUGGAUAAACUAACUGCAAAAAGAAAAUUAUAAGUCUGAAGCUAAAUCUGAAUUAAAAUAGAGGUAGGCACACUUCAAAAUGGAAGAGGGGGAUAUUGUAUUCUGAAAUGUAAGAUAUUCCCUUGUCUGUAACCAGUAACCAGUGUGCAAGGCAAGCCUAAUUCUUUUUGUUGGAUGCCAGCUGCUUGCAAACUACUCUCCUCUCACCUAAAAUUAAUUCACGUUGCCACAAGAGAUUGCCACCACAGUGUGAAGACGUGCAGGAUUUCUUUCCAUCUUGCUCCUUUUCCUUUCAUUUCAAAUGUCAUGAAAAGUAUAUUGUUUGCCUCAUGAUCCAGCUGUACUGGAACAUCAUGCGUUACCGCUCUGUGCCAACGCCGUUACCAUCACGCUGUAGGUUGACACUCUUCUCUUUAAAAAGCUCAUGUAUAAGAAGCAGUUCUGGAGAGAUGCAGGGUCUGUAUGUGCUUUACGUGAGCGCAGGAGCUUCUUGAGGCAGAGGAGCGCAGGUCCAGCAUAGGCAGCUCUUCUGCAGCCUGGAAUUGGAUUCCCUCCUGUUCCUCAACCUGGGUGUGAGCAGAGUUGUGCGUUCUCACUUCUCCUACAGAAGAAGCCAUUAAAGGAAUCUGUGGAGGGAUAUGCUUUGCAAAGACUUAGCUGGCGAGAGAACGUGACUCAUGUUUGCCACGAGUGCACUGUGAUAGCAGACAAAGGGUGAUGUCCAUCGGUGCUGGUGGGCCGAGGUCUGUCCAUAAUGGUGGGCUGGAGUCUGUCUGUGUUGGUAGGCCAAGGUCGGCACCCAGGGGGUCAGUGGCAGCUGCAGAGCACCGACUGCCUGUCGGAGGAACGUGGUGCGUGUAGGGCUGAGGCUGCUGCUUCCAAUCCCUGUUUGUAUGGGUAGUCUCAUUGACUGCAGUUGUUUGUGCAUUUAAUUGUGGUUGUGCAUUUUAGUGCCUAGCUGUUAGAAUCUCCCUUCUGGAGGUGGUUUGUUGUUGUUUUUGGUUUUUUAAGGUGGUUUCUUCCUUAGUUCUCCCCCUCUGCCUCCGCUUUUUCAAGUUAAAAUAUGGCAGACUUUCUCAAAGCUUUUUAUCUUUGUUUUCUCCAGGUUAUUUAAAAGGUUCACAUUGCCCAUUGUUUGUGCCAUGAUUUUCAUUAUGUUUAAGCAGUCAUUCCUUUAUUUAACAUUUAAUACAUAUCGGACAUUGAAAACAUCACUGUAUCCUCACCAUUUGGCCAACGUUAAUCUUAGCUUUCCUGAAUUCUAAAAGCAAAUUGUUUUUACUUGAGGGCAUAGGAAACAUUUAACAAAUAAACUUUGCAUAUGAUAUAAUAAAAAAACUAUAUUUUCAAACUAAAAAAAUAGAAUAUACAAAUAACCGAACAGCUUAGUAGCUUCACAGAAAGAAGUUACUUGCUGUCUACAGCAGAAGAAAGACAAGUAUUCUAUUUUUCGAGAGUCUUCCUGAUUCUGCACUUACCUCCAUUUCUGCUGAACUAGGAACCUAGUCCUGCAGACUGUACUCCCACAAGUAGUCCCUUUGAUACCAGUAAGUCUACAUACAGGUACAGAAGCUGCAAGACCAGUCCCUAAGUGUUGCACAGAUAUACAUGUGCGUGUGUGUGUAUAUAUAUAUAUGAAGGAAUAUAUGUUGCCAUUCUUGCCAUGAUCAUCUUAUAAGGUUUUACUUCACAGCUCUUCUCUUCCAGAAGCAAUGUUUUUCUGUCAUGCAUGAGUAAAGGAACGUGUUAGCUCCAUGUUGGAUAUUCCCCCCCUGCCUUUCCCUCCUCAAGGCAAAGGAAGCAUGUGCUUGUUUAGGGAUUGCUUAUUUAUUUUGUAAGUAACUAGAUGGCCUAAGUAACCAAGUAGGGUAGGGGUGGAUAUUGCAUGCUAUCCAGUGACUUAGAAAUACAUUUGCUUUGUUAAAAGCAAAGCUUUAAUUAAAUAAGAUAGCAUUCAUAAUAUUUACCCUGAAAAUGCAUCACUUUGAACAAUAUAAAACCUGUUUUCAUCACUUGCUUGCUGAGUUUUGCUUUAAAAAUCAAAUUUAAAAAAUCACAAAACUCUACUGUAAAAACAUAUAAGAUGACCAUGGCAUAAGUGGUAGGACAGUUUUCUUUUAAAAAGUUUAUCAUGCUACAACCGAGAUUUAGGAACUACAAUACAACUGUUACAGACCUUGGACAAAACUUUACAACAUGUAGUUCUCUUAAUAAAUGUUUUUUUCUAGAUGUGACUGAAUUGAUAAAUAGACUUCCCAAUCCUGUUCCUAAUGAAGCUGAUUAGAAUUUAAGACCUUAUGUAAGGAUAGGGCCAGAUCCUAAAGGCUGCUACUGGCAUGACUACUGUAGCUGGUUAGUCACUUGGGCUCUUCACGGGAUUACUAAGUGGCAGGAUUGGUCUGAAUUUGUGGUGGUGAGGGUGUGGCAAUAGAUUAGGAAGGUCUUUAUUUUCCAACUUUGUACAAUUAGUAAUAAGCAACUUUUUUUUUGUAAGUUUGUGAUGUUAAAUGCCCAAAUAAAAAUGUGAUCGAAGAAAGGCACCUUUAUGUUAGCUUAUACUUCUGUUACAGUCAACAAUUUGUUUACUUUUGCCUUUUAUGAGUUAUCUAGAAUGUAGAGCAUCUGUGAACAACAUAAUAAAUAAGUGUAAGCACAAGCCUUUCGCAGUUCAGUUAAUUAGGAUUUUAUAGUAUAAAAGCUACUGCGUUGUCCCUUGAUGGCUAUGUUAUCAUGGUGUACAGAAAAGUGAAACUGUAAAACAUCUGAAAAAAUUGUUAUCAGAACAAGAUUUUUAAUAACUGGCUUCUGCAAGAAAAGAGUUCAGAGCCAUAAUUUUACAGGUCCUGUCCUGCUUUCAAAGGAGCUGAAGGCAUCUGACACUGACCAGAAAAUAUGUAGCACCUUCAAAACAGCACUCUCAGUACACACACUUGUUUCUAUAAACAUGGUACAUGAAAUAUAGAACUAGUUGUAUCUGUUUUUAGUAUAAACACGGGCAUCUUGGUUGGCUUUGGAGCUUGAUGCCUUGGGCCUCACCAAAGGCAGUGCAAAAGGGAGCAUUGUAGCUUUUAUAAUAAAACGAUUGGACUAUUCUACCAACUUACAGGAUUACAAAGCCGGUGCUUUUUAUUAAUUGAUGAGAGCUAAAGCUCAUUUUUGAUAGAUAAUAUAUAUUUAUUAAAUGUAUUAAUGUGUGUUUUAUAACAUACCCUUUUUUCCGCUGAUUGUUGCAUACACUGGUAUCUUAUUAAGUACAUCUUUAAAGGAUUUUCAAGACAAUCAAUGCGUACCAUGAUGUCUGUACAUACGUAUACAAAACUACAAAGGUUGUAAAGCAUGGGCAAAUGUUUUAUUUUCAAAAUGCUGUUCUUAACGAGAAUAAAGGCUUUACUAUUUACUUACAAUGCUUGUGUUAACUUGGUGUUAAAACCCACAUUGAAUUUUUCUGCAGAAGCAAACUUCUGGUGCUACAGACAGCUUUAUCCUGCAGUGACACUGUGGGUGCGAUUCUGCAAUGUGAGCUAAGUUGAACUGAAGGAAGCUGGCUCCUCUACUUCUGGUCACAUUCCCACACUUGCUCCUGGCUCUGGCACCCACCAAAACCCUUUGUGAGCCACUCAAGGAGCUGUGCAGACAAACUAUUAACACUACCACUGACUUUUAUUCUUCCAGUUGGCUCAGCAGUUUCCUGAGCUGGCUCAAUUGCUAAUGCCUGUGAAAAGGAGGGGACAGGACCACACAGCUGCUGUCCGACUAGUUUUCUCUCCAGGUCUUCCUGAUCUGGUGAAAAGCAUCAGCAUCCAAAAGAAGAAAAAAAAUGCGGGGUGGGUACUGGUAUAACACUGAAUCAGAAUCAUAGAAUUGCUCACAUUGGAAAAGACCUUCAAUAUCAUCAAGUCCAACCACAACCUAACCACAUACCCUAUCUCUAGCAACCCUCCAUUAAGUCAUGUCCCUGAGCACAAAGCUGGUGUAAGUCACGGAAGAAAUUGAUGUUGGAUCACAACAGAGCUAGGUGGUAUCCACAUUUACCAUUAUUACCCUCCAGUCAGCUAGACCAUUGUUACAUGGAAAAAGCAGCACAACUGCUAAUAUCUUCUCUAACUGUGACAUUACAAAGGCCUAAAUGGGACUACGCUUGGCCAACCUGAAUUUAAGAAACCAUGGGGUCGCAAGGGAACCCAAUCCGAUUUUUAUUUGCUUGCUUAUUUUGUAAGUAGACAUAUGUGAGAUCACUGAAAAUGCUAUCACUGUGAUCUGAAUUUUACACUUUCUCAGCACAUAUGCUGAGUGAUAACAAAAGGUCCUCUGACUUCCCCUGCAGAAAUGCAGAGCAACCCUAGCUUCCCUUGCCUUCACAGUGUUUCUGAAAAUGAGACCAUUAUGAACAGAGCAUGAAUUUGCAAAAAGUGUCGCAGCCCUGCAGAAGUCGAAACUACUCGUUUAUGCUAACUGAAGAUGCAAUUUAUUUUAUCCAUAGUUUUUUGCCUAUCAGAAGAGUUUUUUAUGUAACCAUUCAGGAACAGAAAUGUGGACACAAACAUUUUAGCUAAAUUUGCAAAUCCCAUCUGCUUGAACAAAACUGUGGUCACUUGCAUUGGGACAGAAUUUCACCUUGGCUCCUGAUGUAACGUCUCUUUGAUUUAUAACACCUCACGUGUCAAAGGAAAACUGUCAUGCUAGCCUUUCUAAAUCAGUACUACACAAGUUAGUUCAUGAGCUCCGUGUUUUGUGAGCUUGGUGAAAAAACCAUAAUUGAAAUGCUGAAUCAUUUUGUGUAUGUUCUGAGGCUUUCAGUUUGCUUCCCACUUUAAUAAAACAUUAAAUACUCAGCUUUCCAAAACAUACACAUAAAUCAGAAUGUAGACAUCCAUGCUUCCACGGCAGAUGCUCUUCUACUCAACACAAAAAAAUCCCCCAUCCAGGCAAAAAGGUGUAAUUUUUUUCCGUGUAUGGCAUUUUUUGUUCUAACAAAGCUUCAGCACUCAGGUACUUGCACACAGUUCUCAGUGCUGUCUGUGGGAAUGGGGCAUGUGUAGCUGAGGGCAGAGCGUGUCAGUAAGAAGUCACUGGGUUGUUAAGAAUGAAAGCAGCUCUUUGAGUUUCUUGCUUUGAAGAAUUUUCAAUUAAAAGUCAGUGAUGAGUCAUACAAUUCACCUAGUGCAUAAAUAUAUUCUUGUCAUUAAGAACAACAAGCAAGGUCAGUAAUGAAUAGUUUUUCUAUGUCUCAGUGGAAAGAAGAAUGUUAUCCAUGUGAUUGCAAAGGGUCUGCCAAAUGGGAAAAAUGAGUCAAACAAAGAGCACAGGGUUGCUUGCUGGAGUAAACAGUUCUAAAUGAACAAAAGCUCUACAUAAAAGUGAAAUGUCCCAACUCCUAAUGAAAGCUGUUUUCAAAGCUCUGUAUUCGUUCAGAAUGCUGUAAUACAGAUUAACAUAAUGUUUGCCUUCUCUUGCUAAAAGAGUUUGGUUUCUCAGUAUACUGUG